UAGGGCUUUCAGUGGGCGGGGCUUGUGACUAAUGUCUCCGGUGGUUCUCCGACAGAACCGGUCUGACUGCUCCUCAUUCAUCAGCGGGACGGUGUGCUUCGUGCAGCGUUGUGAUCCCGUCUGCCACUCUGUCUGUUCCGGCAUCUGACACCGAGGACACCGCCGCCGGCCAUCAUCCGCGGUUCUGAUGAAUUCCUAAUGGUUCCUCACCUUGGAGAAUUUUCUGAGAAUCAAGACAUCUUCUGGAUCUUCAACGAACGGCACGAUCACUUGGUGCUGCUCCCGACACGGCUCAUACCUGCCUGCCUACCCGCUCCCUGCUGGACGUACACCUUCGGGUUCCUCAGCUUUAACCGAUCACCAGCAGGAUCCCAGCCUAGAGACUAAACUUUAACCUCCCCUAACACCUUGCUGCAGGAUGAAGAUUGAUACCAACUUGACCAUUCCUCAGCUUCCUGAGGCCCCCUCCCAAGCGGGUCUUCAGUUUGCUGUUGCCACUGAGGAGGACUUUGAUGAAAUUAUGGCAAUGAGCAAGGACAUCUAUGGUGGUCUGGACUACCUUCCCACCAGAUACACCAGCUGGCUCCAGGAAUCCAACCGCACAGUCAUUCUGGCACGCAAAGAGGGAAAAGUGAUUGCUCUGGAAUCAGCCUGUGUGAUUGAUGACGGGGAGACGAUGCUUGUGGAAGGUCUCCGUGUCGCUCCUCAGGAAAGGGGGAAGGGCGUAGCGGGAGUUCUGCUGCGCUUCUGCUCCGAGUUGGUCAAAUCCAAGUAUCCAGAUGUAAAAGUGACCCGCCUGACCCGUGACGAUCAGCUUGGGCCCAAGGACUUUGAAAAGUAUCGCAUCAUCACCAAGCAGGGUAUUCUGCUGGUGCGUUUCAGAGCUGAAGAACUCAAACUGCGACUUCGCGAAAUUAUUCCGAGUGCCGACGCUCAUUCUUCACAGCAGCCCGGUCCUCCACCUGUGCAUCUCGAUCAAACAUCUAUCCAUCAGCUCUACCUUACCACUGACUUGAUGCACAACGUGCUUCCUAAUGCCACCAUCAUUCAAGACUGGCAGCCAUUCAAGCUUCUACCGAGCAACAUUGCGAUCCUACUGAAGAAGGAAAUCGACUGGUUGGUGGAUGAUGUGUCCAAUCCGACUGUGGCCAGCCUCUGUACCUUCCCUUUCAAGGUGCCCAUUGGAGAUGAUUGGUAUUACCUGAACAUUGACAUGUUUGGUAAAGACCUGAGUUUGGCUCAGCAGCAGUUCCUGUGCCACCUUCAGCGCCACACAAACAACCUGAAGGGUCAUGUGAUGUGCCAGAUAUUCCUGGAGCCUGGUCUUUGGAGGCCCAUGACUGACUUCUGUCAGAACACUUUAAAUGUAGAUUUGGUGAAAGAGUACACUGAGCAAUGUGUGGUGGAGUCAGAUCUGAUCUAGCAGAAGAAGUUAAACGAGGUAAAGAAAGAAAGAAAGAAAGAAAGAAAGAAAGAAAGAAAGAAAGAAAGAAAGAAAGAAAGAAAGAAAGAA